AUGCGGACCCAGUCCUCGGUGUCCAAACUGCGAGCCCGAGAACCAGAUCUCUUGCUGUGGCAGGCCGUGCGAAGCUCUCUCUACCAGCGACAGGUACGUACCAGGCUGCUGUGGCGAGUAUCACAGAAGCACCAUCAAUCAUUCUACGAGCCUGCUUUUUAUCAAAUACUAUAUCCUAUCCACCUCACGUUCCAUCUGCCAUUGUCUUGUUCCCGCUUGUCUGAUUCCACCCUUCUCGCUCUCUCUCAUCCCGAGCUUGGAGCUCACAUUGCGUUAUCGCCCACGGCGCCCGAUAGCUUUUCCCAUAUCCGCCCUCCAAUCAUCUCCUUCUUUGCUUUCUAUAGCAAAGACCCAUCUCUGGCGGGCCGGCCUCGAGCCAAGGUGUGGAGGCUCUCCACGACCGGAUAA